UGUGGUCGUGGGAGGGUGUGGUGAGGCCGUGAAGGUGGGGACGGUGCCUAGGCCUGUGGCCGCCAGAGCUGCUGAGGCUCAGGAAGUAGCACCAGGCCCCGUGGGUGCUGCCGGGGCCAUCGUCUGCCCACCAUGGGGACCCUCAGCUGCGACCCCGCCCCACGGUUGGCCACAGCCCCCCUUGGCCGGCGAGUGACGGAGGGCAUGAUUCCGGAGACCGGCCUGAGGAAGUCCUGUGGGACGGCCACCCUGGAGAACGGCUCAGGGCCAGGCUUGUACGUCCUGCCGUCCACCGUGGGCUUCAUCAACCACGACUGCACCAGGGUGGCCAGUCCCGCCUACUCACUCGUCCGGAGGCCCAGUGAGGCACCACCUCAGGACACCAGCCCGGGCCCCAUCUACUUCUUGGACCCCAAAGUCACACGCUUUGGCCGCAGCUGCACCCCUGCCUACUCCAUGCAGGGCCGGGCCAAGUCUCGGGGUCUGGAGGUGACACCGGGCCCUGGGGCCUACAGCCCAGAGAAGGUGCCCCCUGUGCGCCAUCGGACACCGCCAGCUUUCACCCUGGGCUGCCGCCUGCCUCCUAAGCCCCUGGACACCUCAGCCCCUGCCCCAAAUACCUACACCAUGCCCGCUCUGUGGGGCUCACAGAUCUUCACCAAGCCCAGAAGCCCCAGCUACACGGCAGCGGGCCGCACACCCCCUGUCCGCCCCCCGCAGGAUCCUGCCGAGAUACCAGGCCCGGGCCAGUACGACAGCCCGGACGCCAACACCUACCGCCAGCGCCUGCCCGCCUUCACCAUGCUGGGGCGGCCCCGGGCCCCGCGCCCCCUGGAGGAGACCCCCGGCCCAGGCGCCCACUGCCCAGAGCAGGUCACUGUGAACAGAGCCAGGGCUCCAGCGUUCUCCAUGGGCAUCCGCCACUCCAAACGGGCCAGCACCAUGGCCGCCGCCACGCCCUCCAGGCCUUCGGGGCACAGGCUGCCGGGCCGCAGCUGCUAGGCCAGGCUUGUUCCCCACACGGUGAACGGGGGCAUGGGCUGGCCUCUCCUGGGGCCUGGCUUUUGUUGGAGGGGCUAGGAGAAGCCGAGAGGGACUGGGAAAGGAGUGUUCCCUCCCCUUUCCUGAACUGUCCGGAUCCUUCUAGGACACCUGAUCCUUCCAGUCUCUGGGGGCUAUGACCCGUGGCCCUCUGCGGGGUGCAGGGUGAGUCUCCUUCCAGUGCCCCAGUUUCUUCCAGUUUCUUCCAGGUCACACCAGGCCAGGCCAGGCCAGGUGGGGAAAGGGACACCUUCCGGCCCUCCCCAGUAGCUGGCUGGAGACGGAGCUUCCUGUGUCCUAGAACUCGGCGUCCAGCCCCACCAGGGCCUGGGUCCUCAUCACAGCUUGGGUUUCUGCCACAUUCACACUCUUCCUUGUCUCAUGGAAAUGUGGCCACCAGCCCCGGUCCCAGCCCAAGCUCAGGCUGGAGGCAGCCCUGAGGCCUGUGCGUUUCCCACUCCACCUUCUACAGUUGCUUAGCCAAUAAACCUCUCCCGGGCCGCAAAGCUGUCAGCAUCACACCGGCUGGCUCAUUUAAUGUGUCUAUUGACGUCACAGAAAGGAGACACGAAUGCUGCCCUCCAGAGCCAGACCCAUAGCCCUCCGGUGCCCAGGGGGUCUGAGAGACCAGAAGAGAGACCCAGGGCGAGGGGAGGCUGGAGGUGGAGCCAAGCUUUUGAGCAGGGAGCCAGAUAGGCUUCCUGGAAGAGGGAAUAUUAAAGCGGGGUUUUGAAGGAUGUAUGGGAGCUCGAUGUAUUCUAAUAUCUGCCAUUGGUAGCUGCUUGCCAUGUUUUGGAUAUUAAUAAAGAUCAUCUAUGCUUCAUAGCAA